AUGGCUAAGAGGCAGGCGGUAGAAGCAGUUGAUCAAACAAUGCAAGACAUCAUAAAUGGGAAGCUCCCUUUUGGUGGAAAGAUAAUGGUUAUGGGAGGUGACUUUAGACAAGUGUUGUCGGUCGUUAGACGUGGUACUCGAGCACAAAUUGUGGACUCUAGCUUACGAAUGUCACCUCUAUGGGCUUCAGUUAAAAGGCUUCAAUUAAAUAUCAACAUGAGAGCGGAGGAAACAUUGGAUGAGAACUGUAUUUAUAUACCUGAUAACAUGUCCAUUCCAUACACUGAUAAAACUAAUUCAUUAGACGUUCUGAUUGAUGUAAUAUUUCCUUAUUUGCAAUCCAACAGCGCCGAUUCAAAAUUUAUCAUUUCGAGGGCGAUAUUGUCAACUAAAAAUGAAAGUAUUGAUGAGACUAAUAAUAAGUUGAUCGAACGAUUUUCUGGCGAGAAAAAAUUUUACUAUAGUUUUGAUGUACCAGAAGAUGACAAAAAUAACUUAUAUCCGAUGGAAUAUUUGAACUCGCUAAAUGUUAGUGGUAUACCCCCUCAUUAUCUUCGGUUAAAAAUUGGGUGUCCAGUAAUACUUUUGCGAAAUAUCGAUCCCUCAAAUGGGUUAUGUAAUGGUAUCGGAUUGAUAUGUCGAGCUUUCCAACAAAAUGUCAUUGAUGCAUAG